CCGCGGCCGCGGGGCUGGUGCUUGGGCGGCCCUGGGCGGCACCGCGCCCGGCGCGGGGCAGCAGCAGCAGCAGCAGCAGCACAAGCACAAGCAUGCCGGGCAGCGACACGGCGCUCGCCGUGGACAGGACGUACUCGGACCCGGAGCGGCACCGGCGCCGCAAGACCAGGGUGGAAAGACAUGACAUGAAUACCCUGAGUUUACCACUUAACAUCCGCCGUGGAGGUUCUGAUACCAACCUGAACUUUGAUGUACCAGAUGGGGUCCUAGAAUUUCACAAAGUCAAACUCAAUGCAGACAGCUUGAAACAGAAAAUCCUCAAGGUUACGGAGCAAAUCAAGGUUGAACAAACAGCUCGAGAUGGAAACGUGGCUGAAUAUUUGAAACUGGUCAACAGUGCAGACAAGCAACAGGCUGGGCGCAUUAAGCAAGUCUUUGAGAAAAAGAACCAGAAAUCUGCUCACUCCAUUGCCCAGCUGCAGAAGAAAUUGGAACAGUAUCACAAAAAGCUCAAGGAUAUUGAACAAAAUGGAUCUUCCAAAGCUACCAAGGAUACUUCCAAAGAUAACUUGAAAGAUGCUCAACAUGGAAAGUCUCGUAGCACUGGGCACGGAACGGAGAGCAGCAAGUCGGGUGUGCCGGGUGUAUCUUUGACACCACCUGUCUUUGUUUUCAGCAAGUCCAGAGAGUUUGCCAACCUGAUCCGAAACAAAUUUGGUAGUGCGGACAACAUUGCUCAUCUCAAAAAUACUCUGGAUGAAUUUCGGCCAGAAACGAGUUCUAGAACCUAUGGGGGAAGUGCCACCAUUGUUGCCAAACCAAAAUAUGUUAGUGAUGAUGAAUGCUCAAGUGGGACCUCUGGAUCAGCAGAUAGCAAUGGGAAUACCUCCUUUAGUCCUGCUGUGGCAAGUACCCUGGACAGCCAAGGAAAGCUUUCCAUGAUUUUGGAGGAACUAAGGGAAAUCAAGGAGACACAGUCCCAAUUAGCUGAUGAUAUUGAGAAUUUAAAAACCCAAUUUAAAAGAGACUAUGGAUUUAUUUCUCAGAUGCUACAAGAGGAAAGAUAUAGAUAUGAAAGAUUGGAAGACCAGUUAAAUGACCUCACUGACCUUCAUCAAAAUGAGACAGCAAACUUGAAACAAGAGCUAGCCAGCAUAGAGGAGAAGGUGGCGUAUCAGGCCUACGAGCGAUCACGAGAUGUUCAGAGCAGUGAAAGGAAGCAGUCUUGUGUAAGGCACUGUGCCACACUCUCUGUGGUGACCUUGGUGCCUGGCCAGUCACUUGGUAAGCCAGUUCAACAUGCUGAAACAAUGAAGAACUGACCCAGCGAGGGAAAGCUGAUAGCUCUCUGGGUGUUUAUACACAGAGGUUUGGUUUGAAACAACUUACUGUGUGAUCAGGUGAGCAAUCUUGCUAUUGCAAGGAAAAUAUCUGGAGUUUGAGAGUGGAGAAGAAAGCAGGGAUGCUGGAGUGUUGGUUUUCUUUGCCAUACAGUGGUAAAAGAUUAUGUCAAGUUGCUGAAUCUCAUUAAAUGAUAGCUUUGCACCAUGUUACACAGUGGUGUCCAAAUCCCACCUCCAGCAAAAAGCUGGCAUUUUGGAAAAUAAGUGAAGCAGCUGGAAGUUUUUCUGUGUUUCUGUGCUUUGUGAGGGCUUAAGCAUGGUGAAAGUGUCUUUAGGAAGCAUUUUAUUCAAACUUUUAUUCCAUUCUCAAAUAGAAUUCUCAAAUAUUCUCAAAUAGAAAAGAAAGGUCUGAUUUCUUUAAAACAAAUUGUGAACUGGAAUAGAUCAUGUGAGAGAGAAUCCCAUAAAAGUAUCUCCACAGGUUGUUCCACUGUCUUCACACUGACAGAGGGAGAAGGCCAGAUCUCAGAAGGGACUCAAGCCCAACAUUGUAGGAUGGGGAGCUUUGAGAGCAAAAUUAACGUAGGCCACAGAGGCAGUGUAAAGCAAGUGCUACAUGUUGCAAAGUAGAUUUAAUUAGUAUCAUAACAAGCCCACACUAAUGUUUUCUAUAGAAUAUGCAAAGAAACGAAUUUUCUUGCUGUUUUGAUGCAGUGAUAGUUGCUAUGGCAACAGCUUCACUAGUACUUUGUAUCAACACUAUCUAUAGGAAACAACUGUCAUGAACAUUAAAGUUAUGAUACUUUUUCUCAAGCAUGAAAAAAGAACAAACCUACAUUUUGGAGAGUGUUGUUAGACUUGAUUAUGUCUGAGCAAACAGUGACACACUCAUGCAGACAUACAUGUGCAUUUAUUUUUUUAAAAGUUGGUGGUUCAUUGAAAUUUUAGCAGUCUAUAAUAAAUUACACUUCUAAUAUAGCUGAUGGAUGGCUCAGCAGCUAAAAUGUGAAGAAACAUUGAAUGGAAAUAUGGCUGCUCUAAUUCUUGUUUUCU